CCAAUUAAUUUAAUUGUUCAAGUCAUCAAACCAACUUCAAAAACUAGUUUUACAUACCUUUGUUUGUAGAGACAGAGAAAGAGAGAGAGAGGAUGGCAAGCUGCAGUAUGGCAUCUGCUGCUACUGGAUUUAUGGUGACACCAAAUUUGACCUCCAACACAACCACUGUUAGGUGCACCAUGCUUAUGUUUUCUUCCAAGAAUACCAGAAGUUCAAGACUGGUUGUAAAAGCUGCCGAUGAGGCGGCACCACCGACUGCUGCCGCUCCACUGGCUGCUGAAACUGCACCUAAGCCACCACCGAUUGGACCCAAGAGAGGAACCAAGGUGAGAAUUCUCCGGAAGGAGUCCUACUGGUUUAAAGGUGUUGGAUCAGUUGUGACUGUUGAUCAGGAUCCAAAGACUCGCUAUCCAGUUGUUGUGCGGUUCAACAAAGUCAAUUAUGCAAAUGUAUCGACAAACAACUAUGCAUUGGAUGAGAUCCAGGAAGUUUAGGUUAACUUGUUGUUCAUGUUGUCAUUGUAGAAUUCCUUCAAUUUCAAUCUUUUGCUACAUUUUUUGCCAAUGAAUUUGUAAAAUAGUUACUCAGUUUCUCGAGCGCCUAAAUAUGAUCAAAUAUAUGGUUUGCUA